AUGCCGCCUAGUGGAAAAGCUGCUAAGAAAGCUGGCAAAGCCAGGUCAGCCGGAGACAAGAAGCGCGGAAGGAGGGGAAAGAGAAGGGAAACCUUCGGCGUCUACAUCUAUAAGGUGCUGAAACAGGUGCACCCCGACACCGGUGUCUCCAAUAAAGCCAUGGGCAUCAUGAACUCCUUCGUCAACGUCAUUUUAGAGCGCAUCGCCGCCGAGGCUUCUUGCCUGGCUCACUACAACAAGCGCUCCACCAUCAGCAGCCGCGAGAUUCAUACCGCCGUGCGACUCCUGCUACCGGGCGAGCUGGCCAAGCACGCCGUCAGCGAGGGCACCAAGGCCGUCACCAAGUACACCAGCUCCCGGUAG